AUACGAUUUUUAGGCUUCAUUGUCGCCAACGGCAGGAAAGAACUUAUCCUUUUUUUUUUCCUUUCAUAUCCAUCUUUAGUUUACAAAGAUGCAGACCCAGCAAUGGCCAGUUUUUCAACUUGUUUCAUGUCUCCUCAUUCUUUCCCAGCUUGUCUAUUUCUCUUAUGCCGAUGUUGGCACUGCUGCCCAGUACAGCCCACCAUAUUUACCGACGGCGUGUUAUGGUGACGAUCAAACCCAGUUCCCAUCGAGCAAUUUGUUCGCAGCAGCUGGAGAUGGGAUAUGGGACAAUGGAGCAUCGUGCGGCAGGCAAUACCUGGUACGGUGCAUCAGUGCUUCGCAGCCUGGGACUUGUGUUGAGGACCAGACGAUCCAAGUCAAGAUUGUUGAUUAUGCUCCCACUGCACAGUCUCCUCCUUCGACUCAAUCAACCACCAUCGUCUUAUCCGAGACAGCUUUUGGUGGGAUCACUAAUAUAGCUGUUAAUUCCAUCAACAUAGAAUUUCAACAGGUCUAAGUCUCUUACAUGGCGCCCUGCGUACUGAAGGUAGCUAAAGGAAGAAGAAACCUAUAUGGUAAAAGUAACACUUCAUAAAUUAAUCUAUUAAAAAUUCCUACUAUAGAAAAUUGAUAUUUAUAUGUAAAUGCAAACUAUAUGUAUAUGUAGCAUAUCAUGUGUCACUAUUUAAUUAUUUAAUGAGUCAUCAUUGCAAUUGAAUGAAUUUAAUCUAUAA